AUGGAGCCGCAACGUCGAUCGAUGACACCAGCCCAUCUUGCUAAUCCAAACUUUGAUCUGAACCCGCAAGAUUUGUUAGCAGAUCCCCGCGGAGAGUACCGUACGCGUGUGCUACACUUCGACCCUAAAUCUGCUAUCCCUUCCCAUCGCCACGCCGACCAUGCCAAGGAGGUGUUCGAGCGACCAGCACUGGGGGGUGCACUGCUGAGUGGCCCGAUAUCAUGGUCCGCCCGUGCGGACGAGCGUGUUAGGUCUGGAGCCAGGCAGCUCAGGUUUGCCGAUCGGGUUACGAGGCCGCCGGGACGCGAAGCACAGACGGAGAGGGACUUGGCGGGUGUAGCCGAUGAAGGCGAAGAGGGUGUAGAAGAUCCACAGCAACCAAGUCAGGCCGAACAGCAAGAGGAGGAGUGGAGGAAGGCGGCUGAUGAUAAGCGGAUGGCCGAAGCAGAAGCCAAGAGGAGACGGGCUGAAGAGAGGCAACGGCGCCGUGAUGGCGCCACCGACCCGACCGUGUCUUUCCCGGGAACAGAAGACAUACGUCAUGCAUGGGAGCGUGGGGCACGAGCCGCUGCAAGGGCACACGUGGGAGUGGUAGGAGGCGGGGAGCUCGCCACCAAUGUGCGGCAGCAUACCGAGGAGCCUACGGGAUACGUGAAAGUUCGCAUCCCCAGAGUAAAGCCGAAGGCGGCCGAAGAGGCCCAGAGAGCGGACGUGGACGACCGAGAGGCGGGAGGAGAGGCGCAAACGCAAUCGCAAAGCAACGCGGGUGCAAAGGCUGACGCAAUGGCGGUAGUGGCUGAGGCAGAAGCGCAGAAAGAAUCAGAGGCAGCGGCACUGCAGAAGGCAGUGGUUGAGGAGCAGAGAGGAGUGGUGGCAGAGGCGCAGCAGCACGCAGAGGCCGAUGCGCAGAAAGCGGCGGAGGCUGAGAAGCAACAAGCAGCGACGGCUGAGGCACAGAGGAAGGCAGAAGCAGAGGCGCGACAAAAGGCAGAGGCAGAGGCGCAGGCGGCGCAGGAGGGCGAGUCGCCGCAGCACGCUGUGGCAUAUGCGCAGAAGAAGGAGGAGGCUGAGGAGCAGCAAGCAGCGGCGGCGGGGGCCCAGAGGAAGGCAGAGGCCGAGGCGCGAAAUAAGGUAGAGGCAGAGACAGGGGAGGCGCAGGAGGGCGAGCCGCAGCAGCUCGCAGAGAGAGAUGCGCAGAAGAAGGAUGAGGCAGGGUUGCGAAAGAAGGUGGGCGAUGAUGUCAAGAAAAAGUCGGCAGCAGAGGCGCAGCAGCACGCAGAGGCGGAUGCGCAGAAGAAAGCGGAGGCUGAGGCACAGAAAGCAGCGGCGGCAGAGGAGCAGCAGAAGGCAGCGGCAGAGUUGCGAAAGAAGGUGGGCGCUGAUGUGCAGAAAGCGCCGUCUGCAGGGAGGCAGCAGUACGCAGAAGCAGAUGCGCAGAAGACAGCGGAGGCUGAGGCACAUAAUGCAGCGGCGGUAGAGGCGCAGCAGCAGGCAGAGGCAGAGUUGCGAAAGAAGGUGGGCACUGAUGCGCAGAAAGCGCCGUCGGCAGAGAGGCAGCUGUAUGCAGAAACAGUUGCGCCGAAGACAGCGGAGGGUGAGGCACAGAAAGCAGCGGAGGGUGAGGCACAGAAAGCAGCGGCGGCAGAGGCGCAGCAGCAAGGAGAGGCAGAGUUGCGAAAGAAGGUGGGCGCUGAUGCGCAGAAAGCGCCGUCGGCAGAGAGGCAGCAGUACGCAGAAGCAGAUGUGCCGAAGACAGCGGAGGCUGAGGCACAUAAUGCAGCGGCGGCAGAGGCGCAGCAGCAGGCAGAGGCAGAGUUGCGAAAGAAGGUGGGCGCUGAUGCGCAGAAAGCGCCGUCGGAAGAGAGGCAGCAGUACGCAGAGGCUGAUGCGCAGAAGACAGCGGAGGCUGAGGCACAUAAAGCCGCGACGGCAGAAGGGCUGGAUGUCGCUGAGGCGGAUAGGCGAAAUAAGGCAGAGGCAGCAGCGCAUAAAGCGCCUGCGGCAGCGGCAGAGAAGAAGGGAGAUGCAGUGGCUCGUCAGAUGGCGGACGAUGUGGGGCAGAAGGCGGCGGCGGCAGAGACGCAGCGGCUCACGGGCGUUGGGUCGCGAAAGAAGGCGGAGGUAGAGGCGCAUAGCCAUGCUGCGGGUGAAGCGCAAACGAUUCCAAAUGCAAUUGCGCCUCAAAUGGCGGAAGCCGAGGCGCAUGAACGUGUGGCAGCAGAGAUAAGCGCAGUGGCUGAGGGGCAGAAGGACCAAUAUGCAGUGUCUCAUGCAUUAGCAGAUCGAGAGAUCGGGAGUGUAGCAGAGGCUGAGGAGCAGAAUACAAUAGAGUCGCCAAGGGCGAGAGGGGAGGCUGGUGUGAUAGGCUGCGAGGGAGAAGAGAUGGAAAUAGAGGAAGGGGUGGCGUCGGAGGAAGGUGUACAUCCUGCGGUCCGAAAGUUUUUGGGCGGAGGAUCGACACAGGGGCCGGAAAGUGAGACCGAGGGUGCAUGGAGGGUGGCAGACGAUGGGGCGCCUAGGGAUACAGUGGAUCUUACAAGGCAGGGGCGGGCUGACCGAAUGCGGAACCUUCACCAGAGGGCGGAGGAAAGCAAUCGCGUGGAGGAGGGGAUGCAAGAGCCGUGGGAGGAGGUAGAGUGGGUCGAGGCAGAGGCGGCAAUCCGCCGGAUGCUGCGGCGCACGAGUACCGUCCUGGUUGAACAAGGGGACGGGUUCGUCGAGGGAGAAAGCUGGAACAUUACCCCGGCAGAGCGGCUGUCUGUACUUCUGAGAUUGGACGCAGAGCGGCGGGACUUGGAGGAGCAGGGUAGGAAGGCAACGGAGGGAGAGCGGCGACAGAAGGAGGAGGCGCAGAGGAAGGAGUCUGAGGAGGCAGAGCGGCAGGAAAGGCUGAAACAGCAGGAGUUAGAGCGCCUGCAGAAGGCGGAGGCGCAGAGGAAGGAGGUAGACGAGGCCGAGCGGCAGCAGAGGGAGAAACAGCAGGAGAUGGAGCGCAUGCAAAAGGAGGAGGCGCAGAUGAAGGAGGCAGAUGAGGCCGAGCGGCAGCAGAGGGAGAAACAGCAGGAGAUGGAGCGCCUGCAGGAGGCGGAGGCGCAGAGGAAGGAGGCAGAGGAGGCCGAGCAGCAGCAGAGGGAGAAACAGCAGGAGUUGGAGCGCCUUCAGGAGGCGGAGGCGCAGAGAAAGGCGGCAGAGGAGGCCAAGCGGCAGAGGAGGGAGAAACAGCAGGAGAUGGAGCGCCUGCAGGAGGCGGAGGCGCAGAGAAAGGCGGCAGAGGAGGCCGCGCGGCAGCAGAGGGAGAAACAGCAGGAGAUGGAGCGCCUGCAGGAGGCAGAGGCGUAG